AUGGAUGUUUGGUAUUGUCAGGGGUUUCCCGUAGUGCCACGUGACAUUUACGUUGUCUGGCGUGUGCUACGGCUACAGGGACGCGGAUGGCCGUGUCUUCGCUGUGUUGGAAAUGCAUCGAUAUUUGGUGAAGGAGAUUUGAGCAAAAUAGUCAAAAGAGACCCAAAAACACUGUCAGCGUACACAUGCUUCACACGGAUACGUAUAGCAGAUGGUCGGUCACACGCAUACAGUUCACUGGAGAACACCAGUAGAGAUAUACUCGACGGUGGUUGGUGCUGUGCUGUGUCGGUUCAGCCUGAAAUGGGAUGA